AUUACAGUCACAUGCUUUGGCACUGUUUAGAACCUAAAAAAAAACUAUAAAUAAAAUGUUUAUAGUUUUUGUUGAAAUUUACUCUUUACAAGCUUUAAAGCUAAUUAUUUAUCAUUGUUAAACAAGGUUUCAAUUUUUAUGUUUAUGGUUUUUGUUGGGAAUCUUCAACUUGUCAAGCUAUCCUUUGUACAUGAGAGUCUGCCUAAUUCAGCAUCCACCAUAAUAUUUUUGGAACGGGCCAAAAAUAUCACACAUAUCUUAAAAAUAAUAAAAAAUGAGGAUAAUUUUGUAUUGCUAGGUGAGAUUCGAGAACAUGGUUGACGACCACAAGAAAACAUAUCAUGUAAUUUUUGUUCUCGUGAUGUAAUAACAGUCUUUCUUCUACUUUUGGAUUAGUUUUGGAUUUAACUAAAUAACAAGGAUUUUAGUCUUUGAUCCGUUGCGUAAUGAUCGGAUCAGAAAAGGUUUAGUACGUAACUGUUUCUCAAUAAAAUCAGCCAGAAAAAGUCGAUUAGAUUCAAAUUAUAACCAACGUCGACGUGUGUGUUGUGUAUAUAAAUACAUGUGGAAAUCUAUUACAAAUUCACACAACAUUCGAACACAAGAUAAAGAAACCAUCUUACAAGAACUACAUACGUUCUUUCAAAGCUCUUUGUUUUUCAAAAUGGAGAUUGUUAGAUUCGCCCUCGCCGUUGUUUUUGUACUUUACUCCGUAUCAUCAUCUAACGCGGCAACUGCACCACCGAGCGGUGGUGGCGGAGGAGAUGCUCAGGCAAUGCCGUGUAUACAGAAACUUAUGCCGUGUCAGCCGUUUCUUCACUCGGUGAUUCCACCACCGCCUCCAUCGUGUUGCCUGCCGAUGAAGGCGAUCGUCGCCAACGACGCGACGUGUCUUUGCUCCGUGUUCAACAACGUAGAUAUGCUCAAAUCGCUUAACCUCACUAAAGACAACGCUCUUGAUCUCCCUAAAGCUUGUGGCGCCAACCCUGACAUCUCACUAUGCAAAGCCAGCCCCGCGGGUGGUACUACUACGAAUUCGACGUCGUCGGCAACUCCCAAAACUCCUCCGGCGUCUUCCACUGGAAGCGGUUCCACCGGAGCAUCAGCUUCUUCAACGUCAACACCGACAAGCUCUGCCCCCGCCAUCAACUUCGCCGGACUCAGCUUCGCAUCGACUAUCGUGGCAUUGGCAGCAACUUUCUUCUGAUCUACUAUUUACAUUACGUAUUUAUUCAUUAUUAGAUAGGUUUAAUUUGUUUGAAAUUAUGUUUGGUAACUG